AGGUAAGACCUACCUUCCUUGUCACAGUGAGCUUCAGGGUGUGGAUUACAGCUUCCUGUUUGUGAAGGAUUUCCUGAAAUUGGAAUUGUGUGGGACUAUUAGAGAUAGGCACAUAUAAGGGUAACUAUUAUGGGAGCCCAACCCAUCCAGCCAGGCCUUCAGUAGGACAGUGAUUGCCCGUGAUGCUCUGUGUGACAGUUUCACUGCUUCCCAGAAUUCUACAUCUAAGCACACCAAAUUCCACAAUUGCAUGCACAAUGCAGGAGUAGCGCAUGCAGAUCUGCAGGAGGAUGCAGUCAUCACCACAGGCAUGAAUAACACUUUUACAGAUUUCUUAGCACAUAGUUUUCCCCCUCUCCUCUUUUGUGCACAGAAGACUCCAGUCGCCUGGACGCACACAACGUGGUGAGAGAAAAUGUCUGCGCCUAUGUGCUGAGCAACAUGGCUGCGUCCCCUACAGCCAAUCCUAAUAACCCCCCUGGGCUGCUUCCAGACGAACACCCCCUUGGACAGCUACCGGACAACUGGGAGAUGGCCUAUACAGAGAGUGGAGAAAUAUACUUUAUAGACCAUAAUACAAAGACAACCUCAUGGAUAGACCCUCGAUGUAUGGAGAAACAGUCGAAGCCACUGGAGGAGUGUGAAGAUGAUGAAGAGGGUGUUCACACAGAAGAACUAGACAACGAUCAUGAACUGCCUCCUGGCUGGGAGAAGAUCGAAGACCCAAUGUAUGGAGUAUAUUAUGUUGAUCAUGUUAAUCGUAAGACUCAGUAUGAGAAUCCAUUGCUGGAGGCCCGACGUAAGAACCAACUCGAAACCCAACCGUCACCUGAAGGUGGACGCUACAUCAGAGAAUGGAUUGAGGAGCACUCAUCUGCUGGAGCUGUGAUUGGCUCUUAUGUGCCAAGUCACCUGGAAACAUACAGAGAUCCUCAGACCAGCCAACCCGCUCCAGGCCAGGGCCCCAAGCGAAGUAAACCAUUCUUCACCCGUAAUCCAGCUGAACUGAAAGGGAUAUUCAUGAGUACUAAAUUGCUGAAGAGCCGGCGUGGAUUUGGCUUUACUGUAGUAGGUGGAGAUGAACCUGACGAGUUUUUACAGAUCAAAAGUCUUGUGCUAGAUGGACCUGCUGCUGCGGAUGGCAAAAUGGAAACAGGUGAUGUUAUUGUCAGUGUGAAUGACACAAUAGUGUUGGGAUACACUCAUGCCCAGGUGGUGAAGAUUUUUCAGUCCAUUCCGAUCGGCUCCAUGGUCCAGCUGGAGCUGUGCCGCGGCUACCCUCUGCCCUUUGACCCUAAUGACCCCAAUACCAGCCUGGUCACCUCUGUGGCCAUUCUUGAUAAAGAACCAAUUAUAGUCAAUGGUCAGGAGGGGUUUGAUCACAUCCCUGGCAUGGCUGUUCAGAUGGCAACUGGUGCCACUGGCAUGACCUCCAGUGAACCUUCCGUUUACAGCACUGGGUCAGAAAGCGCUCUUUUAGUUGCAGGUGAUAGCUGCCUCAAUUAUGGUAAUGAUGUGGUGACUCUGGCAUCGUCUAUAGCUACACAACCUGAACUGAUAACAGUUCACAUUGAAAAGGGGGAUAAAGGCUUUGGAUUUACAAUCGCUGAUAGUCUUGCUGGUGAAGGACAAAAGGUCAAGCAGAUCGUGGAUUACCCACGAUGCCGAGGGCUAAAGGAAGGAGACAUUCUGGUAGAAGUGAACAAGAGGAACGUUCAGGGAAUGAGUCACAACCAGGUGGUGGAUUUUCUCAGCAAAUUCGGACAAGGAGGGGAAGUUAACAUGCUGGUGCAAAGAGGAGUCCUGCAGCCCAAAAGAAGUCCCAAAGUGCUGCAGUUGGAAAGGAAAGAUAGUCAGGGAAGCUCUCAGCACAGCGUGUGCAGUCGUCGCAGCACUCACACAAACUCACCUGGACACCCAGUGGCUAUCAUGUCCAAAGAGAUGCUGACAGCUCCUCCACCCGUUCCUCCACCCCCAAACCAGCCACUACCUGUGCUGCCCCCCUUUGACCCUCCAGCAGCCAAUGGGACGCUCCAGAAAAAACCAGACCCUUUCAAAAUCUGGGCUCAGUCCAGGAGCAUGUACGAGAGUCGCAUGCCAGAAUCUCAAGAACAGGACGUUUUCCUGUGGAGGAAAGACACAGGCUUUGGUUUUAGGAUCCUGGGGGGAAGCGAACCUGGAGAACCGAUCUACAUAGGGCACAUAGUUAAGUAUGGGGCAGCAGAUGAGGAUGGCCGUCUUCGGUCUGGCGAUGAACUUAUCUGUGUGGAUGGCACUGCUGUGGUGGGCAAAUCCCACCAACUGGUGGUUCAACUCAUGCAACAAGCGGCUAAACAAGGACAUGUCAACCUUACUGUUCGACGCAAAACUGGUUAUGGAGGGUAUAAGGGUGAGGUUGAUAUACCACCAUCACCCACAUCAUCUCACCACAGCAGCACUCAGGCGCCGUCACUUACAGAGGAGAAAAGGACACCACAGGGCAGCCAGAAUUCACUCAACACCGUUAGCUCAGGGUCUGGAAGCACAAGUGGCAUUGGCAGUGGAGGGGGAGGUGGCAGUGGAAGCACCGUAGUGGCCAUGGCUCCCACCACUCUACAGCCCUAUGAUGUUGAGAUUAAGCGUGGAGAGAAUGAAGGUUUCGGCUUCGUCAUUGUGUCGUCUGUGUCACGGACUGAUCCAGGGACUACGCUUGCCGGAAACACAUGUGUGGCCAUGCCUCAUAAAAUAGGUCGGAUCAUUGACAGCAGUCCUGCGGACCGCUGUGGAAAGCUGAAGGUGGGUGAUCGUAUCCUGGCAGUCAACAGCUGCUCCAUCACCAACAAAUCCCACUCAGACAUUGUAAAUCUGAUCAAAGAGGCCGGCAACACUGUAAUGUUGCGCAUCAUACCUGGAGACGAGAUGUCAAACUCCUCUUUACUGACAAAUGCAGAGAAAAUUGCCACCAUCACCACAGCACACUCACCUCAGAGCAACACUGGGCUUCGGAACAGCAAACCAAAACAAGCCCAGAUCCAACCAGCAACCUUUAAUCAGGAGGCGGAGAUUUACUCGGUGGAUUUAGAGAGAGACAAUAAAGGCUUUGGUUUCAGUCUGAGAGGAGGAAAUGAAUAUAAUAUGGACCUGUUUGUGCUUCGGCUAGCUGAGGAUGGAGCAGCUGCAAGAAAUGGCAAAAUCAGAGUUGGUGAUGAAAUCCUGGAGAUCAAUGGUGAGAGUACAAAAAAUAUGAAUCAUUCUCGUGCCAUCGAGCUUAUCAAAAAUGGAGGGCGACGAGCUCGACUGGUGCUGAAGAGAGGAGAUGGAUCCGUUCCAGAGUAUGAUGGUCCCAAUGACAGCUACCCUUCCUCGCCCGGGCCACAAAAUUAUUCAGAAAUGAAAACAUUUCUAACCAGUGGCCCAUUUUAUCAGCCCUCGGAGCCCAGCUAUAUAUCAGAACAUCACACACCACCCCAACCCAAGAUGGACCAGUUGAAAAACCGAGAGCCAGAGCAAGCGAGGGGCCGAGUGAAAGACGCAGAAAACACAGACCUUUACUCCAGCGCUCAACACCAACACGACAGGAAUAAUCAUGUCAGCCCUUCAUCUGUCCCUGACAGUGGAAAAAAUCAUUUCCGCCGCAAGGUAAAGAAGUCUGAGUCCGAGAGCGGCAUCACAAAGCUUUUCAAAACGUUAAGGAAAGAGGGUGGAUUUGGGCGAAAGGCUUCCAUCCAGGAUGUUGCGAGUCAAGCCCACAGACGUUCCGAGACUCGAGGGAGAGCUGGAUCUCAGUUGCGCAGUGGAUCCUUGGAUCGCUCCUCCUCAAGGAAGCGUAACCUCUCUCCAGACCGCAGUAGGGCCAAGUCUAUGGAUCGACGCACAGAUCGGUCACAUAAAGAUCAGUCCCCAGAAAGGAGCUUUCCAGCCUCUUCCCAGGUCCUUUGGCAGACCUCCACACCUGAAAGGCAAUGCCGAGCUCAGCUCGAGUCCGGACCAUCCGCCAGGGGCUCCAGAAAAGAGGCUUACUCCAUGUCUACUACCGAGAGAUCUCACAGCACCCAGGCACUCACUCUUGGACACACACCGAAGCGUGGUUUAAAAAACAGAAACAUCCUGCAUGACAGCUUACCGUCCGUCCGAGCUGAAAGACAAGCAUAUUUAACCAACGGAAGCUGGAAAUCUGACAGCAGCAGCGACGGAAGUUUUCUGGAAGAAGGUGCAACUCCGAAAUUUAGGAAUUAUUACAACACAAUGAAAGCCAGCAGAGUGAACGAGAGCGAUGUGGGCAGACGUCUCGCCCGGAAUUCUCAGUCCAAAAGAUGACUUUACAAAGAGAACCACGCAGACCUCAGAAUCUGACCAGUUGAGCGGGCUGAGGUUCACCACAGCUGAAUAAUCUUUCUAGUUUUCAGUUCUUUCUUUGGUUUUAUAUGCUGCAAGUGAGAUGCAUGUUAGAUUUAGAGAUGGCUUUUUUAGUUUGAAAAGUUUUGUUCUCUGCUUUGUGUGUCCCACAUUCCUUUAUACUGUGAUCAUUGACGACAAGAGCACAAGCAUUUAUUGCUUGUUUGUACUUUUAUAUGGACGAAUAAUCGUAGCUAAUAUAAAUUCUAACUAUGAUGCUACUGUUUAAUGAAUAAUAUAUUUAAGAUGUAUAUUUAUUUUGAAGAGUUGAAACAUGUAGUCUACUGAUUGACAUCGGACUUUGUCUUUAUGUUGAUCAGGACAGCGGCACCCAAAAUAUAGGAAACAAAAAAUGUGAAGUGAUUCUCAGACUGAACAUGUAAGAGCACUCAAGAUUCAGGUCGUCAAUUUUGAUACGAAAAUUAGGACUCGGAACCUGCCACAAUCUGCCCUGAUGAGCUGACCCACAAUUCCCAUCAUGCUCUGACAGUGAUUAAGCUACUGUAUAUUUACAUGAAAUAUGUGUUUGUUUGUGAACUGAGCACAACUGUUUUGAUAGCAUCUCUCAAUCGUUACAGGAACAGGGAAUUCUUCCACUGACAUCUGAAUCGUACUUUUAAAAGGACCAUUUCAGCCGCUUUCCUUUGUACAGACUUUGACUACUGUAUGUACUUCUAACCUGUAGUUAUUAAUGCUGUUGCCUUUUCUUUGUACAAACAAAAUAAUAAUUUAUGAAGGAUGUCCUCGCAAAAAAGCAAUGCUAACGUUUUUACACAGGAACUGUGGAUAGAAUAUCAGAAUGUGUAAAGACAUAUAUUUUUUUCAAGGGAUGGCAAGAGAGACUAAAACUAGAGACUGAUUGUAUGUUGUUUAGGGAGGAGGCUGAACAUCUGUUUUUAUUCUAGAGCUCUUAUAUACUGUCUGUGGUCUCUGCAGUGUUAGAUGGACUUCAGACUUUUUCUGUGUUGAUAAAAGAAAUACAUGUAUAUAUGCCAUUUUUAAUGAAUCUAUGCAUAUCCUGCAUUGUCCAUAGGUUUAUUCGGUUCAUGAAACUAUACAUAACAUUAGUCUAUAAGUUGUCUGUAAGUAGAUUUGGACUUACCCAGUAAAGCUUUUCCUCUUAGUUGGAUGAAUCAUAUUGUAUAUGUAGCUAUCACGAUAAAGUCUGUGAAUGCUAUUUUUGUUAUCAAAUAAAGUUUU